UCCGGCUCUGCCCGGCCCGUCAUGGCGGCGCCCAGCGAGGCCGGGGAGCGGCGGCCUUUCGGGAGGCGGCUCCUCACCGACCCCUCCCGGCUUUUCCAGCACAACGCCUGGGAUAAUGUGGAAUGGUCAGAAGAGCAGGAAGCCAGUGCCAGGAGUAAAGUUCAAGAAAACAGCUCACAACUAUUGCCACAAGACAAACAAGAGGAAUAUGAGGUGAAUGCUAAGAAAUACUGGGAUGACUUCUAUAAAAUCCACGAAAACGGCUUCUUCAAGGACAGGCACUGGCUGUUCACUGAAUUUCCUGAGCUGGCACCUCACAGGAACUCAAGCCAAAAUGGAGAUUCUGUACAUGGAUUUAGUAACAAAGAAGAAUCCAAAAAGGAAGGGCUGGGAAGCUGUGAAAUUUGCCAUUGCUCGUUGGAAACCAGGACAGAGAGACAGUUAAACCUGAUAAAAAGCCCACCUGGAGGCCACACGGAGGGGUUGGCUGCACAGAAAAACAGUGAUGGGCAUUACCCAGGAUCAGCUGCAUCUUACCGUAUAUUAGAGGUUGGCUGUGGGGCUGGGAAUACAGUCUUCCCAAUUUUACAAACCAACAAUGACCCAGGCUUGUUCGUUUAUUGCUGUGAUUUUUCUACAGCAGCUGUGGAUCUUGUCCAGAAUAAUGCAGAAUAUGAUUCUUCUCGCUGCUUUGCAUUUGUCCAUGACCUGUGCAAUGACCAAAGUCCUUUUCCAAUGCCAGAGGAGAGUCUUGACAUUGUUAUUCUUAUCUUUGUCCUCUCAGCAAUUCUGCCAGAGAAAAUGCAGUGCAUUGUGACCAGACUGAGUCGCCUUCUGAAACCAGGGGGAAUGAUCUUGUUGCGAGAUUACGGCCGUUAUGAUCUUGCCCAGCUUCGGUUUAAGAAAGGUCAAUGUCUGUCUGAUAACUUCUAUGUAAGAGGUGAUGGCACCAGAGUCUACUUCUUCACACAAGAUGAGUUAGAUCAUCUGUUCACCACAGCUGGGCUGGAAAAAGUCCAGAAUCUGGUUGAUCGGCGAUUGCAAGUGAACCGUGGGAAGCAGAUGACGAUGUAUCGGGUGUGGAUCCAGUGCAAGUACUGCAAACCCAGCACCCUUCAGCCAUGAGGCAUGUGGACUCUGGGCUGGAGCCUCUUCAUCUCCUCCUUGGUGACGUGUGUGAUGCCAUUCCGCACACCCAUGACCUCAGUGCCUUGUACCAUGCCUGGCAUCACUUCAAGUGAGUUUUGCUAAGGAUCAAUGCCCUGAGAGUAGAGCAAGCAUUUUAGAUGUCAUAGAAUCACAGAAUAUACUGAGUUGGGAAGGACCUGUGAAGAUCAAGUCCAACUCCUGGCCCUGCACAGGACACCCCAACAAUCCCACCCUGUGCCUGAACACAUUGUCCAAACACUCCUUGAGUUCUGGAAGCCUUGGGCGGUGACCCAUUCCCUGAGGAACCAGUUCAGUGCCCAGCCAGCCUUUGUGGGAAGAACCUUUUCCUGAUAUCCAGCCUAAUCCUCCCUGGACACAGCUGUAGCCAUUUUCUCAAGUCCUAUCCCUGGUCAGGAGAGUGAAGAGAUUGGUUCCUGCCCCUCUGCUGUCCCUCAGGAGAAUGUUGAAGAUCCCAGUGAGGUCUGACCUCAGUCUCCUCCAGCUGAACAGACCAAGUGCCCUCAGCCAGUCCUCAUAUGGCUUCCCCUCAAGGCCCUUCACCAUCCUCAUGGCCCUUCUUUGGAUGGUCUCUCAUGGCCUAAUGUCUUUUUUUAUACUAUGGUGCUCAAAACUGCCCCCAGCACUUGAGGUGGGGCUGCCCCAAAGCAGAGCAGGACAAUCCCCUGCCUGACCAGGAAUGCUUUACCUAACGCCCAGGACAGAGAUGUCCUUCAUGGUGCCAGGAUGCUGCUGACUCAUGUUCAACUUGUCAUGGACCAGGACUCCCAAGUCCCUUCCUACAGCUGCUCUCAGCCUCAUUCCCCAGUCCACCCACAUAUCCAGGCUUGCCCCUUCCCACAUGCAGAAUCCAGCACUUCCCCUGUUGAACUUCCCACAAUUGGUGAUGCCCAUUUCUCUGAUUUGUCAAGGUUUCUCUGGAGGCCCUCUCUGCCCCUGAGAGACUCGACAGCUCCUCCCAGUUCAGUGCAGACAGCAAACUUCCUAAGUAUUCCUUCAAGUCCUGCAUCCAGGUCAUUAAUGUGGAUGUUGAAGAGCACAGGCUUGAGAAGGAUGCCCUUUAAAUGUCAUGCUACUGGUCUGCAUUUUAAAAAUUAUUUAUGGUUUUAACCUAAGAGAUGGUCAUGGUGUCUUACAGCAGCUGAGCAAGUUGAGUAGCUACCUGCUCAUCCUCUGUAUUUCCACAUGAAACAGGAGAGCUCUGACCUUAUCUCUGUCUUGUGUACUCUUGUCUUUGCAACAAGCAUACAAAGGAUAAACCUGCUCUUCUCUGCAA